GCAAAGAGUCGUGUGUCUGCAUGCAAACCCACGUGGCCUCUACAGUUUUUUUAUCCGGGGCAUCGAGCGGGCGAGCUCUGUGCGCCAACCAAACCACCACCACAGACCAGACCAGACAUGACGCCCCCUCCUCCCACCACCGCGCUGCCCCGCCCCUCCCUCCUCCUCGCGGUCUCCUCCGCCGCGCUCAAGAUCUCCUCCGCGGCGGCGAGCCCAGCGCGUGGCGUGCGGUGGCAGGGGGUCGGGGUCGGAAGGGGGAGGAGCCGCGCCGUCGGGAGGUGCUGGGCGGCGGCGGUGGAGGAGGCCGGCGCGCAGGAGCAGGACGGCGUGCUGCUCCCCCAGGAGGGGGAGGGGAGCGAGGCGGCCGGGAGGUACGACUGGCGGGAGGAGUGGUACCCGCUGUACCUGUCCAAGGAGGUGCCCGACGACGCGGCGCUCCCGCUCACCGUCUUCGACCGCCAGCUCGUGCUCUACCGCGACGCCGCCGGCGUGCUCCGCUGCCACGAGGACCGAUGCCCGCACAGGUUAGCCAAGCUGUCAGAAGGGCAGCUCGUCGACGGCAAGCUGGAGUGCCUCUACCAUGGCUGGCAGUUCGACGGCGAGGGCAAGUGCGUCAAGAUCCCGCAGCUGCCUGAGGGCGCCAAGAUCCCGCGGAACGCGUGCGCGCGCAACUACGAGGUGCGGGACUCGCAGGGGGUGGUGUGGGUGUGGAUGUCGCCGGCGACCCCGCCGGACGCCAAGAAGCUGCCGUGGUUCGAGCCGUACGCGCGGGCGGGGUUCACGGACCUGUCCACGGUGCACGAGCUCCCCUACGACCACUCCAUCCUGCUGGAGAACCUCAUGGACCCGGCGCACGUGCCCAUCUCGCACGACCGCACCGACUGGACGGCCAAGCGGGAGGACGCGCAGCCGCUGGCCUUCGAGGUCGCCGAGCGCACCGCCCGGGGCUUCGCCGGCCACUGGUGGCGCGAGCGCGCGCCGCACCUCCGCAACCUGCUCCGCUUCGAGGCGCCCUGCGUGCUCACCAACACGCUCGAGUUCGUGGACAAGGACGGCAGGGAGCAGUGCUUCUCGGCGCAGUUCCUGUGCCGGCCGGCCGGGCAGGGGAAGUCGAUGCUGCUCGUCCGGUUCGGGUCCACGGCGAGGUCGCCGCUGCUGAGGGUGCUGCCGAAAUGGUACUUCCACCAGAACGCGUGCAAGGUGUUCGAGCAGGACAUGGGGUUCCUGUCGUCGCAGAACGAGGUGCUGCUCCGGGAGAAGGUGCCCACCAAGGAGCUCUACCUCAACCUCCGCUCAUCGGACACCUGGGUCGCCGAGUACCGGCGGUGGAUGGACAGGGCCGGCCACGGCAUGCCCUACUACUUCGGCCACAGCACCAUCUCGCCGCCGCCCGUGCCGGCCGUCGUGGAGCAGGCGCCGGCGGGGGCCGCCGCGGGCAUCUCCGCGUCGUUCCCGGCCAAGGGCGGCUUCGGCACGCAGCACGCGCCCAACCCGACCAGCAGGUACUUCCGGCACGUCGUGCACUGCAAGGGGUGCAGGGACAGUGUCAACAGGUACACCGCCCUGAAGAAGGCCUUCGUCGUGCUCGCUGCGGUGGCUGCCGCCGCGGCCGUCUUGGCGGCGACGAGGCAGUGGAAGGCCGUCUUGCUGGGGGCCGCAGCCGUGCUCGCCGCGGCGUCGUAUGCGUGUGGCUCUGUGGUUUCUUUGAUCACAACCAACUUCAUCAGGACACACAGAAGAUUGUAAAUAAGCAUAAUUAGAGGCCGGGAUAAGAUCAUACUGUCAGCGCAUUUUAAUCUAGUCAGCUAGAAACACUUCUCUGUUUUUACCCUUGUUUAUAUAUCUAUACUAGCAUCAUUUUGCCAUCA